AUGUACAUUUAUAAGUCUUUCAAGGCAGACAAGACGGCCAUCAAGAUGUCGAGUCCUCCCCUGGGUAACCUGACUGUGGUUGGUUGUUUGCUUCUCUACGCCUCCGUCUUCGCCACAGGUUGGGAUAAGAAGAACCUGUCAGAUACGGCUAUAAUCGUGAAGUGUCACCUUGAGAGGAUGUUGGUCUCGCUUGGGCUGUCGUUUGCGUUCGGUUCCAUCUUCAUGAAGACAUACCGGAUACAUGCCAUAUUCACUCUUGCGGUGAAGAAAUUUAAACAUAUCGACCUACCAGACUGGAAGCUCAUUGGCGGAGUAUUCUCAACCGUGUCUGUGGACUGUCUGAUAUUUGUCGUUUGGAUCGCUUUGGAGACGACAACCGUCGAAAGGUUCAGUCUUGAGCCACGGCUUAACAUGACCGAGCCUGAGAAGGAGAUCUAUGAGGUUCCAGAGAUUCGUUUCUGCAGCAGCACGAACGAGCUUUAUUUCAUUAUCGCCCUCUACGUCGUGAAAGGAGUUCUUCUGAUCUUUGGCAUUUUCUUAGCCUGGGAGACAAGGAACAUUGCGGUCUCCCAGCUCAAUGACAGUAAAUACAUCGCAGGAUCAGUGUACAUCGUUGCUUUGGCCAUAUCCUUGACGGUCCCAACAAUGACUGUUCUCGGCGAUGACGUCAAUAUGACGUUUCUUGUUCUUGGGGUGACGGUUGUGAUUGUCAACACAGCCGUGUUGUGCCUAAACUUCAUCCCAAAGGUGUAUCUUCUCCUCACUGUGCCAGAUAAAGACAUCAAUUUGAGUAUGAUGUCAUCGAUGGGGUAUGGCGGUUCCUCUGGGAAUAAUGUGAGCAGGACAUCCCAGACCUAUGGGAGCAGUGAAGCGGAAGGGUUACACUUAAAGUGUCACCAGCGAAAAGCAGAGCUGGAGCGGUUGUGCAAGGAACUACAGGUCUUGUGCCCUGAGGAGACUGGCACAACUGAGGUUAUACGACUGUCAAGUACGCUGUGUAAACGGACAGCAUGAGAGUUUGUUCGGACGGCUCACAAAAUAGCGCCCAACUUUGACGAACUACUCGCUUCUGCACCAAAGAUGACUUUUCUUAAUCAGUUCUUAAUUCGUGUGUAAGAAGUAUUUCGGUGAAAUUCUUAUGUUAGUUUGUGUAAUCAUUCGAAGACAUUGUAUGUGGGAAUAUGCCACAAGUGAUACAUGCCACGGGAAAUCCCCCGCUUUUUGCACCGCAUUGCUCAAGACACUAACCGCACACAUGUAAGAAAAUAUAUUACGCCCCUAUCUAUUCCAAGUCAAAUCACUAGCACUUAAACUGUUCGUUUUGAGGUUGGUAACAUAUUUCUUAUUUGUUAAGUCCUUAAUAUAAAUUGAUGUUGUUGCACCAUUUACCACUGGAUAGAGAAGAAAGCAUGGAUCUAAACCCCGACUCCUGUGUCCUUACUGAAUGGAGUUUGGCCGUCUAAGUUUGCUGAGAUGAACUUCCGGGAGACCCUGAAAACAUGUGGGAAAAACACAACCAACUAAGCCUCGAAUGGUAAUUAAAACGUUCACGAUUUUCUCAGUGAACAACGCAUGAAUAUGACAGAUUGAUGUGCAGUUCCAGUUCAAAAUUCUUGUACUACACGAAUAACAGUAGAAGCCUUUAAUCCUGUCCGAAAUAAACAUGCAAACUGAUAAUUAGACUUUUCACCGAAAGACUGAAUCGAUUUAAUAUAUCAACUGUGUACCAACACAA